UCGUCACGAACACAUUUCUCUGAUCUCCAACAUUCGCUAUAUAAAUUGACUGCGAAACCUUUAUUACUUCAUUCAAGUGAUAGUGGACAACGGCAGUAGAAACACUUCUAGGCUGGAAGCAAAGCACUAAAUCACAUCAGUUUAAUUCCACUAAAUUAGGAGCAGGUCGAUUGCAAUAAUUCUGUACCAAUAUGAAGACAGCGUCAUUAAUUUUCUGCGUUGUUGGCAUACUAUGGACCAGCGUAUUGGCAGCACAGGAAAAGCCCAAGAGAGUUCGACUGGCGCAGGUUUUCAGAUCAUUUGGUAAAAAUGACGUUCGUGACGACAUAAACUUGUUUCUUCGUACCUACGAAGAUGAAAUCAACAAUAAAGGUGGCUGUAGCCCAUUACACAUUGCUGCCUUAUUCAGUGAGAAAGUGGUGGAUUAUUUGAUCAAAAAUGGAUCGGAUGUAAAUGCUUUGGACAAUGGAAAUUUAUCUCCCCUAUAUUUUGCUGCUGAAGGAGGUAAUGACAAAAUCGUUGAAAUGCUUGUGAAUAAUGGAGCUGAUGUCAGUAUUUCGAAUAACAAAGGAAUGACAGAAUUGCACGUGGCUGCUUAUAAUGGUUUUGACAAGAUUGCAGACAUUUUGAUUAAGGCUGGAGCGAAUGUAGAUGCCUUGAACGAAGUUAAAUGGACGCCUCUAUUUUACGCAGGUGUAAAUGAUUCGGUGCCUGUCGCAAAUUUGUUGAUUCAAAAUGGAGCUCAAGUCAAUGCCCAAAACAAUGAUGGACUUUCAAUUUUAGCUAUUGCUAUCAUUGCAGCAGAUAGUGAGAGAUAUAAUUGUGUUGAGUUUUUGCUGAAUAACGGAGCAGAUCCGAACCUUGCUAAAGAAAUGACUUUCGUCCCAUUGUAUUUCGCAGUACAAAAUGGGAAUGCCAAGAUCGUUGAGCUAUUGAUUCAGAAGGGAGCGAAUGUAAACUUUAGAGAUGAGGAUCAGUUGGCACCAUUACAUUUUGCCUCCAUUAAAGGUGGUACCCGGGAGAUCAUAGAAUUAUUGGUUAACAAUGGUGCAGAUGUCAACCAUUCAAGCAAACAUGGAGCGACAGCAUUACUUGUUGCAAUUUCGGAGCGCAACACUGUGGUCGCUAAUGCAUUAAUUGCAAUAGGAGCGGAUGUCAAUCGAGCAGAGUACAAAUAUGGACAAUUGCCUUUACAUCUCGCCGCACAACAUGGUAUAACUAGCACAAUCCGAUUGUUAAUAGAAAAGGGGGCAAAUUUGCAAGGCACCGAUAAUGAUAAUAACACUCCUUUACACUAUGCCGCUGAAUCUGGCAAAUAUGCCGCUGUAAAUGCACUAAUCAGAGCGGGUGCUGAUGUAAAUGCUGUGACCAACGAUGGGGUAACACCACUGAAAAUGGCUAUACAUUAUAGACACUUACGGGUUUCCAGAUUGUUACGAAAUAAUGGAGGCCAUGUUUAGUGAAUUCUACAAUUGACGAAAAAAAAAGUUUCUCCUUUUAGCUAGUCGUCGAAAA